AGGGGACCCGUUCCUCACCCACAUUACGACUGAGAAGCCAACUGUCCCUCUUCUUCGACAAACCCUCCUGCUAUUGUCCACAUUACCAUUGAUGUGUAUCAGGCAAAGAACGGGGCUUUUUCUCGUGGUGUAUUUUUGUUCCAUCCAGGAGCGGACUCCGAGGAAAGAUUUGGUCUUAGAGGAACUUGAGGCAGAGAUGACAGACGCAGCCGUAGACUCAAAGGAGGACCGGUCAGAGGAAGCGGAGGACCUGGAACCUCUGGAACCAGACGACAGGGGUACUUUCCAACAAGUCACGAACCUUCUCGACAUCAUGGACAGCGGGUCAGCAAAGACGGACGCUGCCGGGGCAGGUCCGGACAUGCGGAAGACGCUGGCCUCGGUGAUCAUCACGGAGAAGGCCACCACGGAGCCCUCCGUGGUGCUGCACGCUCUCAUCCGCUGCCUGCAGGUGCCGGAGAUUUCUAUCCAGCGCAAAGUCAACAUUUACAACAUCCUCCAGGAGAUCAUCCAGCAGGAGGGGGAGCUGGAGGAGCGGGGAGUCCAGAGGCUGGUCGCCAUCGCCUCCAAGGAGAUGAGAGAGACCCUGGAGGCGGAGGGCUAUGUGAAAGCAGAGGUGGCCAGCGACACGCUGGUGGCUCUGUCCCGAAACCACUUCAGCAUGGUCAUGUACGAGCUGCAGCACCACCUCAAGCCCCUCAACCUCACGGAUGAAUUUGUCAUCACCACCUUGGCCAAGCUGGCCAACGGCAAUGUGUUCGAGUUCAUGCCCUACAUGGGCAUCACCCUGGCCACCAUAUUCACGAUGCUGAGACUCGCCGACGAAGCCAAGAUGCGCCAGGUCAUCUGCGGCGCCAUGGAGACCUUCUGUGAGACGGUGCAGUUUUACCUGAGGCAUCUGGAGGACAGCGUGUACCCGGUGAUGACCGAGGAUCAGUUUGCCCUGAAGCUGUUCCCCAUGUUUCGCUAUUUUGUGACCGUGUGGCUGAAGGACCACAACCCCGAGGUGAAGCUGGGGGUCAUCAAGUCCCUGAAGCCCAUGCUGAACCUGCUUCUGCCCAACGAUGACCUGCGGGAGCAGCUGUACGACUAUAUCCCCCUGCUGCUGGCGGGGUACCGGGGCGGCCUGGAGGCGUUCUUCGUCACGCAGGUCUUGAGGCAGAUCCUGGAAAUGUCGGUCACCACCAACACCCCCGUCCCGCAAAUGCAACUACAUACCAUUUUCACGGAACUCCACAUCCAGGUAUGCGCCAAGGCUCCUGCCCAGGAGCAGUACAGCAGCCAGAACCUGGCGGAGAUCGUACACUGCUUCAUAGCCCUCGCCCGGUCCUACCCCAAGGAGCUGAUGAAGUUCUUCCUCAGUCAGAUGGAGAUGAGCAAGGAGGCCAUCCGCGUGGGGACCCUGACCCUGAUUAGGGCAGUGGUGAGCGCCGACGGUGAGCUCUCUGACACCCGCUUCAAGGUAAGGAUGGCUAUCCUCCGCAUCAUCGGCCAGUUGGCUCUGUCUGGCUACCAGGACAGGAUCAAAGGCUGGGGCUUGAAGUACGUGUCUGUGCAGCUGACUCUCUCCACCUACAAACUGACAAAUCACCGAGAGGUCUUUAAUCAGAGGGACCUGGAGGAGAAGAUGGUCCACAAAGUCACCAUGGACACUGUGAAGAUUAUAACGUCUUCCGUCAGUGGGAUAACCGACGAGUUCUGGGUGAGGCUUCUGUGCUACAUCAUGGAGACGGAUUACACGGAGGCCUUGACCCCCAUCUGCAUCAGUCUCACAAACCUGGCGGAACGCCAGCUCCGCACCAAGGACGCGGAGGCCAGUGUGGCCAGCAAGGGCAGGCACGUGGACCUUCCUGCACCUCAGAAACUGUUGGCCCGUCUCCUGGUGCUGAUGUCAUCUCCCUACAAGGGGGAGGGCCGCGGGAUAGCCAUGCUCAACCUCCUGAGGACCCUGAGCCGGAGCAUUGCGCCCUCCAUGGCUGACACGUGGGAGCUGGAGAUCCCCCUGCUGGUCAAGUACCUGGAAGAGCAUACCGAGUUUACUUGGAAUCAGAAGACCUGGGAGGACAAGCUGAUUCAGUUUCUGAGGAACUCCCUCAAGAAGACCCGAGGUUCCAAUUGGAGCUUGCGUCUGAGCAAAGAGCUGAACAACCAGAUCGAAAGCUUCGACGGCCCCUCCCUGGAGAAGGGCUUUCUGUAUCAAGCCCUGGGCUCCACGCUGGCCACGGGCCUGGAGGCCGACAAGGUGGAGAUGCUGCUGCUGGAGCUGUUGUACAAGACAGACUAUGGCAAUGACUUUGACCGGGAGGGCGUGGUUCUCUGCUUUGGCCUGUGUGCCCGCGGCCAGGUGAAGACAGUGCUGAAUGUGCUCCGCGACUUCGAGGAGAGGAUCCAGGAGUCGGAGCUGUCCUGGCAGAUCGGUGCUUGGCGGAAGGACCAUCCCUGGAGGCGGGAGACGGUGAAGAGCGCCCUCAUGGUCAUGUACAGCUGCGUGGCCUCGUACUGCCACCCCCAGGUGCUCCUCACCCAUGUGGACAGCCCCAUCACCGCUAAGAUCAUUCAUCACUACUCCAGCAGCUGCCAGGACGUCUGUCUCAAAAUGGCCUUCAUGAAGAGUGUGGUGCAGGUCACCAAUGCCAUCAAAAACAUCAAGGACCUGGAGGACUUUCAGUUUGCCCAAAAGAUGACUCUUACUGGCAUUAUAAUGGCCACCAUCAAGGCAGAACCCACCGACAGCUUGGUUUCUCCUGUGCGGACCAUGGCGAUGGAGGCCCUCUCCCACCUGAGCAAUCUGAAGCCUUUCUACUCCACAGAGGAAAACAAUGAGCUGAUGGAUAUCAGUAUUCAUUCUGUAAUUUCUCUCCAACCCCCAGCGGAGGACAAUGAGUCCGUUCAGACCCUGUAUGCGAAUGCGAAGCAUGCCCUGGAGCAGCUGAUGGAGAGCCUUAUGCAGAGGCAGCUGGACCCCAACGGGCUUCAGGAGAUGGUACACCUCCUGGAAAAGUGGAUCCUGUCGGAGAAAGAAGGGGAGCGGGAGAAGGCCAUGAGCCUCCAUCUCCAUCUCAUGCACAUCUAUGUGCAGAGCGGCGGCGGCUGCAUCCCCCUGAAGCUGGGGCAGUUUGGCACGCUGGUCGGACUCAUCGCCCCUUGUACCUGUGACUCCCACAGAAGAACCCGCCUGGCCUCAAUGGGCGUCCUGUCCAGCCUGCUGGAUCUUCAUGCAAGCCAGACCUGCUCCUCAUGGGGCCCCUCCAAGGAGCUGGAGCGUGCAAAAUGCAAGGAGGAUCUCCAGGGCUUGGACGUGGAGAAGAUUUUUAGUGCAUCUUCCAGAAUCGCCAAGGUGGCUUGCGUGCAAUUUAACUGCGAUGAGGUGGUCUCGCUCAUCCAGAAGCUCUGUGAGAACAUCGGGGCCAUGGACCUACAGCAUGACAAGGCCUCCGUCACCUGGAUAGGCACCUUCCUCCAGAUGCGGGCCAAGGAGCUGGAGGACAAGGUGGCCGAGAUCCUGGGUGCCAUCCUGGUCCAGCUGCCCGUGGUGGAUCACCGGGAGGCGCGGCGCCCCCUCAUCGAGGGCAUCCUCCUGCUGGCGCACUACCACCAGGAGACCGUCCUCACGGCGCUCCUGAGGCAGCCCCUGCCCAUGGAGAGCCACCUGACGGAAGUGUGGCUGGCUGUGGCAGAGAACGUGCCCUUCGCCAGGACGAUGCUUCGCGGGCUGAUGGGCCGCCUGCAGUCGAGGUUCACCCCCAGGGCCCAUGCCACGUCCAAAGCUGACAUCUGGCGCCAGGCCGCGGUGGAUCCUCUGAUGACCCUGUGCACCAUUCACCUUCUCGUCCAGAAGACGGCUGUGGAUGACAAGCUGCUGGAGCUCUUCCCGGACCUCACAUACACUCUCCUGCUGCAGCUCAGCACCCGGGGGCCGGAGGCCAUGUCGCCUGUCCUGAAGAUGUGGGGACUGGCCCACACAGGGGCGCUGCCCGAGGAGAUCAAUUUGCAGAGGAUCACGAUCAAGUCCCUGAAGCUUUUGUUCGGAAGGCUGAGCAACGAGCAGCUGGUUCAGAGCCUGGAGGAGCAGAGCGUCUGGGCCCUCCUGCAGGGCAGCUCCACGUUCCUGCAAGGCGUGGGCCUGCUCGCCAGGCUGUGCAUGCGGAGCGUGGAGGGGUAUAGGCAGCGGCUGUUGGAGCUGGUGCUCAGAGGCAUGGACUCCGACGUGCUCAGCUGCCGCGUCAGCAGCACGGCGGUCUGCGUGGAGUUCAUGAGCGACCCGGUGCUGUACCAGGAGGAGCUGCUGAAGCCCACCGUGUUGAUGCUGGAGAAGGGCGCGGACCAGGAGGACGAGGCCUUGAGGGUGCUCUCCCUGCGUGCCCUUGGCAACAUGGCCCUUGGUGCCCCCAAGAAGGUGAGGCAGUACCGGAAGCUGUUGCUGGAGAAGUGCCUGGACUCCCUAAGGGAGCCCGUGAACACCAGCGUGACCUCCGAGGGCAUGGAGGCCCUGGCCAAGAUCCUGGCUGAGCUCCGGGAGGGAGACCUGGGGUCCUCGUUCGGCGUCAUCUGCGAGCAGUGCAGGGCCUUCUUUGACAACGAGAGCGAGCUGCUGCGUUUCAAAGCCUUCGUCCUGUUUGGGAAGCUGGCGAAGGUGGUCAGGAUUUCCAAGAAGCACUUCUUCAAGGAGGAAGUGAAAAAAGCCUGGAUCCCUCUCAUGCUGCACUGCCAGGACCCCUGCUCGGAUGCGGCCGAGGCCUGUAUGGCUACCAUGUUUCAGUGUGUGCACUUCUGGGGCUGGAAGGCCCUGGAGAGCAGCUGGGGCCGAAGGGACAGCGGUACGGCCGAUGAGAUGACCGUUUUCCAGACAACGCUGUGCUCCAUUCUGACUCAGAAAAAGCCUGCCGUGCUCUAUAGCUUCUUGCUGGAAACAAUGACCUACGUUAAUAGUAACUUGCCAAGGAUCAGAAUUGCUGCCUGCAACCUGGCAGGAACUAUUAUGAAGCAGAUGUCUGCGCAUCACCUGAGAAAACUGGACUUUCCGGCAUUACGGAACUCUCUCCAGGAGCUGCAGCUGGACUCGGAUCCUGGGGUCCAGAGGGCAGCCCUGGAGACUCUCAAGAUCUUGGAUACGUGUAGCCAGCACCCGCUUUUGGCUUCACCCGGAGGAUUUUGCUAGGGGGUUCGAAUGUAAAGUGUAAACUGCGUCCUCGGAGCGCCCAACCAUGCCGACCGCGGCGACACAGACGUUUUUAAUUUAGUUUGUUACGCAAAGCAUUGUUCUAAAAUAAUCAGCGUCCCUUUCUUUCCUCGCCUUGAAAUAAACCUC